GCCCCUCUUCGUUCUUCUUACCUCCAUCUGAAUUCUUCGUCGCUCUCCGCCAUUCUGAAGUGCUGGUCACCUCUUUUGUCGCACCGUUCUUUUACACCAUGAUCCCUAUCAAGCCAGUAUUGUUGACAUUCAUUUUCGCCACUAUCCUAUCAUUGGCGGCUCCUAUUCCAUCCCUGAACACUCGGGGAUAUCAACUCGAUGCAGGGGAAAGUGCCGCACUGCAAAGUCGCACACCCGACCCGAAUCCACCACAAGAUGACCAAUACCCCGCAUCUGAUGGAGGACAAUAUCCUUCCACCCCCGAUUUGAGUGCAGGUGAUAGUUCUGCCCCUCCCUCGUCUCCGCUACAGCCCAUAAAACAAUUUAAGGACAAGGCGAAACGCUUUGUCUUGAAUUUGGUUGGAAAGAAACCAGAAGCAACACCAGCACCAACCGCUGCACAAGCACAUAUGCAGGUACAACCACAACCAGCAGCACCAGCACCAGCACAUGUCACGAUAGGUGGUGGUGUAUCGCAUGAGUCUGUUCACAACGAGCUCAAAACGGUGGCGGAGGCACACAUGAAGGAGGGGAACGAUGGAUUGGCAGCGGACACCUACCACUUACAAGCACAGCACCUAUCCAGUACCCCCAACACAAGCCCAGGAGGAAAGCAAAAGCAGGCUGGCAAUCCUGCAAAGGCCGGAGGGUUCAAUGACCCGAAUCACUUGCUUAAGCUCCAGCUUGAGGCCGAAAGCAAGUCGAAAACAUCCUACCAGGCCUGGGAAGCGGGAGGUUACCAAUCACCGCCGGUGUCUGAGCACACUCAGCAGUUACAGCAGCACGUCUACGAAAAAUAUAAGCAAGUAACAAGGCAAGAUGCGUAUCAUGCAGGAUGUAUCAAAUUCCAUAACUGUAGAUGAGCAUUCCUAUCGGCGAUGAGCCAACCUGAUAGAUAGUCCAAACCCAUGUUACAGUACUUUCAAGUCAGAUCAUGAACUUU